AUUGGACACACAACGAAAUCAACAUUUAAGAGUAAAUACAUAUGCAAAUGAUUCAAUCUCGAGUAAUAUCUAAGCAGCAAAGAAAAUAAGGUCAAUAUCAUACAAUAAUUCAUUUUCCUAUAAUAAUAAAAAUUGAUCUGAUAUUGAUUGACUGAUUCAAUGAUUGGUCAUGUAUUUAUUACAGUUCAUGGUUUUGAACGAGUGAAAAAUCAUAUUUAUUCUUUAACGGAUUCUUUUCGCUCUAGGUUUAAACAUUUUCUUGAGGUAUCUUCUCAAAAUCUUCAAAUAUAUUAAAACAGUAUUCUCAGGAUUGCAUUGAAAGUCCUAAGUACUCAUGCAAUUAACAAGGUAUCAACUAUCUUUAUCGUCUAACUGUCAACUUACAGCUUUCAUAACUGUCACGAUAGUUGAUUUUAUUAAAAUUCAACGAAAACUUCGAUUUAUAAAUUGCGUGAAAAUCAUGCCUAUGCACCAUCACAUCCAGCAUUCGACGACUUGCGCAAUGUCCGCCAGUCACCAGACCCAAGGCAUCCAGCAAUUGCUGCUCGCUGAAAAAAGGGCUGCCGAAAAGGUGGCCGAAGCCCGAAAGCGCAAGGCCAAAAGGAUCAAACAAGCGAGAGAAGAGGCAGCCGCAGAAAUAGAAGCGUACCGAUGGCAUCGGGAAGAACAGUUCGCCGAAUACGAAGAAAGGUACUUGGGUCGAAGCGAGGACGUAGCGAUGAAAAUCCAAAGGGAUACCGAAAUCCAUUUGAAACAAAUCGACAAUAACGUGGCCGAAUACAAAGACAGCGUCGUCAAGGAAUUGUUAGAUUUAGUGUUUAAUAUUGUGCCCGAAGUUCAUCGUAACUAUUUCAUCAUGAAGUUUUUCAAUAGAAUAUAACGAC